AUGGCUGCAUCGAAACCAAUAGCACGACCCAACAGGGGCGGAGAUCGAAGCGUGUGUUAUCUUUUCUUGGAAGGACAUGCGACCGCGCAAGCGUGUGCAUGUAGGAGGCCUAUGUGUAUGUAUGCAGGGCGAGCAGAGUGGCAGGCGCUGCAGAUGGUCCUUGGCUCGGAAGUCCAACGUCUUCUCAUUUUCGAAUUCGGACAGUUUUUCUCGAAGGUCUUACGCUUGUCGUGUCUUGUCUUGUGCCACCUAGGGGAGAAACGGGAUUUGAGAAAGUCCCAGACGACUCGAUUGCGGCCGGGCCUGCUCUGGAUAUCAGACAUUUGCGUCGUCUCAGUAGACGAGUUUUCUAUGAUAGCACAUAGAGACGAACGACAGAAGCAGAGGGGUGUAGCCACCCGCCACACCUCUUCGGGUCCGGGGGGGCCCUGGGAAUGCAUUCACGAUCCUGGGACAGAUAUAGCUCACCGAUUAACACCGGCUUCAAAAAGCAAGGCUGAGCAAGCACCUCUUCCCAAUGAACCUUCAGAUAUACCUACCGACCUCCCUGUCAGUCGUAGUGACGACGUUGCUGAGCACCAACCCGACCUCCCUCCCAAUGCACUCAGCACAGCAGCAGAACACGGCAGAGAGCAAGCGGGCGCGACGAGAUUCGUGAUUGGCCACGCCGACGACAACUCGCCACAACCACGCCGGCCGGCCCGCGAUCCUCAGUUGGACGAGACGUCAUGGAAUGGAGGAGAAGGAAGGCGGUCACGUCCUCCCUUCCGGAAGCUCCAUCUCAAUUUCCUUUCUCUGCUCUACCUCCGUACUCUUCGCGACAUUGGAAAUGGCGGUGUGAGCGAGUUGUCUGUCACGCACGCGCGUGCAGUGCGGUCGGUGCAACGAAGGCGAAGGCGAAGGCGAAGGCAAAGGCGAGACGAGACGAGACGUCCGGAAUACCUAUGGCACCGAGAACAAGAGGUCAUCGUCAUCGCCAUGGUCGUUGUCGUUGUCGUUGUCGUUGUCGUUGUCGCCGCGGCUCGGUUUCAUGCCCAUCCUGAUGCCGAGGGCCCCAAGCCGUGUACACGCUUGCUCGACCUGCCUUUCAACGUUCGGCUAAAAAUCGAAGAAGCAAUCAUUACUACGGAGUACAGUAGUCUGGAUAGUCGAAUCAGAGACACAGAGUACGUACAUUGUACCACAGUACAGGCCGAAGUGUUGCAGCCUGCGGGACGCUUCUCCGAUUUACUAUUAGAGUCUCCUUCGACCCCUUCGAAAAUCCUAUUUCCCUUGGUAAAAACCCCUGUUUCGUCCGCUCAGGGUGUCACAAUUACGCCUGUGACGCUGUACUACUGUAUAGUUGUCGAAAGCCAGGGUAGGGAGCGGACCCAGACCCGGACCCGGAGCCGGGACCCUGCUUUUCUGUACUGCCUUAGGCCUUGUCAUUGGUCGAUCCCAGAAAAUCGCCGAGGCCCAAUGACUAUAGCCAUAACCAUGACCAUGACCAUCCAUAACCAUGACCAUGACCAGAGGAGUCAGGACUCAGGAGGAAAGAAAGUUUGUGUCCCGAUUCCGCGGGAUAAGGGGAUAGUGGUUGGCUCACUCUCCCCUACGUCUCAGGAAUAUAAGAAGAAGAAUACGAAAAGGAAGCAGAAGAAAGUAAAAAACGAAGAAACAAUCCGUAAUGACAAUUCGGUCUGCAGACAUCAUCCAAUCCGGAGCGAUAUGUGCAUGCAAAAGCUUCUAGCAAAAGCAAGAAGUGUGGUCGGUCUCCUAAAUUCGGUUUUUCCCCCCUCCCUUCGACAUCACUUGCAGCGGGCUCAGCAAACUCCGUUCGCCCUAUUGCUUAUUCCACUCACCCUGCAUCUGACCGCAGAAGCAACGAACGUCAGAUCCAAGUACUGUACGAAGAAGGACCCCUCAGAUCGCUGCCCGGCGGCUGGUCCCCUGCCCCUGACAAACUCACAGCCCCAACCUGGAACAGCCCUAGCCUUGCGGGAUCCGGAAUCCGGAAGCAUGCCCAACCCAACCAAAGCAGACAGACGAGCUGGAGUGGAUGCUGACCGGCCAGGGGAUGGGAGGUCCGUCGGGACCGGAGUAUUGCAACCUGGUUCUCGGAAUUAUCAAGAUCGUGAUCGGGAUCGUGAUUGUGAUCGUGAGCGUGAGCGUGAUCGUGAUCGUGAUCGUGAUCCUGAUCGUGAUCGUCAUCUCGACCUCCAGUUCAUGAUCAGUCCGUGGGAUUCUUUUGCCAUGUCAUCUAUCGCAUCUCAUCGCUUUUCAUCUCACAUCUCAUCUCACUGCGUGACUUUUCAGCACAAGCAGCCGUCUCGUGUCGUGACACUGGCGGACCUAUGUCCUUCGGAGAGGCGGGAGAAGGUUCCGUAG